AUGAUUCAGACUGUGUUACUUAAAAUGAUUCAAACUGUUUAAUUUACAGCUGUUUACGCAUCAUUUUUCUUUAUGACAUCACUGAUGUCAUCGUGACUCACAGUUUGGAAAACGGGAAUUAUUGGAUUCGAUUCAUUUAUUUAUUUUUUUUGCUUCCAUAUGCUCACGCGAGGUUGUUGUUUCAUGAAGAAGACUCCAUCUGGCUGAAAAAAAAAAUCCGACGAGAUGAUUAAACAAAGGAGCAGAUUUUUUUUUUUCACCGCGAAAAGAUUCACAAACCGUUCUGGCCGCCAGCCAAGUUACUCAUAUUCUCAUGGAAAGUUGAAAAGUGGCAGUUAAUAGCAAGCAUGCAGUUAAAUGAUGGAUCACAUUAGCAUUCCAUUCCAUCUUGUUCAAAGAUGAAUGCAUACGUUGCCCUCUGCCUUGGACAUUAUACAAUGCACAAAGCUCUCCCUCCCUUGACUCAGCUGCGAUGUACCACAACAAUCUGCCGCAUUGCGCUUUUUAAUUGGGAUUCCCAUGAGAUGUGCUUGAAAGUCUCCGUAAAAUACAAACGUCCAGCAGGCCGGUAAACAAUUCGAGAGAUUUGGGUUCAAUAGAAAAAGAUGCCAUUGGACUGAAUCAAAUAUUGCAGUGGUUUUACAAUAUUGAGGAAAUCUUCCUAUCCAAGCGUCAGUCCUCAUUAGGAAAGCAGAGGGGUCUUAUUCCAUUCACACUCAGCAAGGGGGGAACAUGCAAACUCCACACAGGAAGGCCACAGAUUCCAACGACCAAACUCCGAGCUGUAACAUUAUGCAAGCCUAGAUCAAAAGAUGAGUAGAGUGGAUCCGGCAGGAAAUGUGGAGAGCGGCCUGUCGUGUUUUUGAUGUGUAACAAUGGUCAUGAUUAAUGUGAACCCAAGGGAAUGAUUGCAACAUAUUUGCAUCAUCAAAUAUAAUACUGUGCAGCAGCGAGGCAGCAUUGAGGUUGUAUUACUAAUUUUAUUCAUUAAUUUGAGACGAACAUUUGAGUGGUUUUACUUCGCCUGGAUUAAAGAUUUAACUGUACAAUUUUAAACUAAAAGUCAAGUCUUAGAGUGGGACCCCUGCUGACGGUUUACUAGAAUGCAGUUGGUUGUUUACAUUUUGCCUCUUUUUUUUUCUCUCGUCUUGAAGCAACAGUAUCUAAAGGAAAAGAUCACGACCGUAACCUGUUCAGUCUCAUUUAGUUUAAAAAAAAACGUUUCUAUCCCUGUCCUGCAGGCGGCGGUAAUGAGCAUAAUUGACUACUACUAAUUAACAGACCUAAGUGACGAAAUGUCCCUUACUUCCUGGUUCCUCAUCUUGCUGGAAAAAAGAGACGUGCUCUUUCAUGCUUGUAUAUAUAUUUAACAAAAGUGAAUAAAUGAAGUGGCUUUAUUGCCAGCACGUCUAUUCAGUAGUUGAAGGUGACUUGUGUCAUGUGUGAUGUUCUGCACCCGCUAUGCAUCAAGUCCACUCCACCUGUAGCUGCUCUCCGCUCCCCUCCCACUGUGUUGCUCAGAAGAUGGCGUUCAUGAAUGGAUUCAUGUUAGAAGGACAGCGCAGCCUCAGCGCACCGUGCAGCUUCACUCAUGUUCCUGCACUCGAGCGAGCGCGCCGUUUCCUCCUCGCAACAUCUAGCCCAGCGUGAUGACUUCGGACUACUCUGACGUGGAGGCGUUUUUAGACGGCCACCCGGAACUCUUCGAGGAGUAUCUGGUCAGAAAAGCCAAGUGUGAACACAUCAGCAGGUGGCUGAGGGAGCACCAGGCUCCUAAAGUGACCACGGCCGAUGAGAGACGCGGAGGCGCCCCGGCCAGGGAGCCUUCUCUGUGGCCGGCCAAUCCGGACGCUCUGCGGCGCAGGUCGUCUCACAUGGAGCUUCGGCGCAACUUCGCCCGGUCCAAAGCCACCACGGCGCACAGGACCUACGAUGAGCACGCCAGUUUCAGCCAGCAAGACCCGCAAUCCAGCAUGAGGCGUCGCGCGCUUCUGCGUAAAGCCAGCUCGUUGCCUCCGACCACGGCGCACAUCCUCAGCGCUCUUCUGGAAUCCAGAGUCAGCGUGCCACAGUACGCGUCCACCGCCACCGACCACAAGUGUCGCCUCAGGGAGACCAACGAGAGGGAGUUCUUCUUGGAACUGGUCAAAGACAUCUCCAACGACUUGGACCUGACCAACCUGAGCUACAAGAUCCUGAUCAACGCGUGCAUCCUGGUGGACGCUGACAGGUGCUCCCUCUUCCUCGUGGAGGGACCCCCGCACAAGAGGACGCUGGUGUCUAAAGUGUUUGACGUGCACUCGGGCACCACGGUCAGACCCUCCUCCUGCACCCUCAACUCCAGCGAGGUGCAGGUGCCAUGGGGAAAGGGCAUCAUCGGAUACGUGGCCGAGCAUGGAGAGACCGUCAACAUCCCCAAUGCGUACGAGGACCACCGCUUCAGUGACGAGAUUGACAAGUUAACUGGUUACAAGACUCAGUCCAUUCUCUGUAUGGCCAUUUGCAACAGUGAUGGAGAGGUCAUUGGCGUGGUCCAAGCAAUCAACAAGAACCCCACGGGAACGCCUUUCACUGAGGAUGAUGAGAAGGUGCUUCAGAUGUAUCUACCAUUCUGUGGGAUCUCCAUCUCGAAUGCAAAGUUGUUUUCUGAGUCUCGCAAGGAGUAUGAAAGGAGCAGGGCUUUACUGGAGGUGGUCAAUGAUCUGUUUGAGGAGCAGACCGAUCUGGAGAAGAUCGUGAGGAAGAUCAUGCAGCGAGCGCUCACCCUCCUGCAGUGUGAGCGCUGCUCUGUACUUCUUCUCGAGGACAUCGAUUCACCGGUUGUGAAGUUCUCCAAGACGUUUGAGCUGAUGUCCCCCUUGAGCAACAUGCAUCAUGACAUCAGCAACAGCAUAGAUAAACUGUCGUGCUCUGAUUGGCUGAUCAAUAAUAGCAUCGCUGAGCUGGUGGCCUCCACCGGACUUCCCGUCAACAUCAGCGACGUGUGCCAGGACCCGCGCUUUGAUGCCGAGGCAGACCAAGCCUCGGGAUUUCAUAUCCGAUCAGUGUUGUGUGUGCCAAUCUGGAAUCGAACGCAUCAGAUUAUUGGGGUCGCUCAAAUAUUGAAUCGUCUCGACAGGAAGACCUUCAACGAUGCAGAUCAGAGGCUGUUUGAGGCGUUUGUGAUUUUUUGUGGACUUGGCAUCAACAACACAAUGAUGUACAAUCAAGUGAAGAAGACCUGGGCCAAACAGUCCGUGGCAUUGGAUAUGUUAUCCUAUCAUGCUACAUGCUCAAAAGUUGAAGUUGAUCGACUCAAGGCUGCAAAGAUCCCCCUGAGCUGCGAGCUCGGCAUCGACGAGUUCCAUUUCAACGACUUCUCUUUGGACAACGACGCCAUGAUCACCGCUUCCCUCCGGAUGUUCCUAGAACUUGGCGUGGUCCAAACUUUUAAAAUAGACUACGAGGUUUUAUGUCGCUGGCUUCUCACCGUGAGGAAGAACUACCGAACUGUGGCCUACCACAACUGGAGACACGCCUUCAAUGUGUCCCAGUGCAUGUUUGUUAUGAUCACAUCAGCCAGCUUUCAGGACGUUUUAUCCGAGGCGGAGAUUCUAGCGCUGAUGGUUGGCUGUCUGUGCCACGAUCUGGACCAUCGAGGAACCAACAAUGCCUUUCAAGCCAAGACAGGUUCUGCUUUGGCGUUGCUCUACGGGACCUCAGCCACCUUGGAACAUCAUCACUUCAAUCAUGCAGUGAUGAUCCUACAAAGUGAGGGUCACAAUAUCUUUGCGAACCUCUGCUCCAAAGAAUAUAGCAACAUGAUGCAACUAUUGAAGCAGGCCAUUCUUUCCACAGACCUCACUUUGCACUUUGAGCGCAGGAGCAAGUUUUUUGAGAGCGUGCUCGCUGAAGAAUUCAGCUGGACGGAAGAAAAACACAGAGAAGUCCUCAGAUCCAUGUUGAUGACAGCCUGUGAUUUGGGAGCUGUCACUCGGCCUUGGGAGAUAUCCAAACAGGUUGCCGAGCUGGUGACGAGUGAAUUCUUUGAGCAAGGAGACAGAGAGAGGUCGGAGUUGAAGCUCACCCCAGCGGCCAUAUUUGAUCGAAAUCGCAAAGAUGAGCUACCUGCCUUGCAAUUGGACUGGAUAGACGGCAUCUGUAAACCUCUUUAUCAGUCCCUGCUGAAGCUAAACAGGAAAUUACAGCCAAUGGCGGAAGGGAUAGACGCCAACCGAAAGAAAUGGCAGGAACUGUGCGGAUCUAAUGAGCACGCACGCGAUGCUUCAGUGGUCAGUCAGAGUCCCGAGGCUGGAGAAGCCAGCGAGGAGUCCGACGCGAAGCCGGCGGAAAACACCAACUCGGGGUCAAAGGGUCAAGCAUAAAGUUUGGAGUAACCAACUUGGAGAUGAAUACUAUCUUUAUAUAUUUCGUGCACUACUUGAGAGUCACAUUCAAACUCAUGUAGUGAAAUUUUUCACUGCUCAAGCUUUUCAUUAAUGACCUACUGAAACGUUAAAAAGUGACAUUUUAUGUAAACAUACUUUUCCUAUGGAUGCUGACAUAGAGCAGUUUUACCCAAAAAAGUCGGUGUUUUGUACCAUCCUGAAUGAAGACGUUCCUGAAUAUAAGCAAUUUAGAUUCCUUAUUGAUUCUCUAUUAUUGAUUUUAUAUACUGUAUACAAAAGAUAUUUAUUCCACAUAUUGGAUGUAUUGCCCCUUUUUGAGGAAAUGAAAGUUUUUUUUUUUAAGUGUUGCAAGAAGCCUUGGUAUCAUCUUUGCAUGGAACGAAUCAUUUUUGGGGUGCGAUGUCAUCAUUUGUGGCAUAAAAGGAAUCAA